UUGGAGAUGUCUACUGAACCCGGUCCAGGCGUCCAAAAUUCAGGCAAAUCGAGCCCUUCCGAAAUGGGCCCCCAAACCGGGCCCAAUUAGCUUCUCUGACCCGGCCCAAUAUCUUCCCUUCAAAAAUCAUUCCCUCGCCCCCAUCUUCCUCGUACGCUCUUUUCCUCUUCUUUUCCCUCUCUUCAAUGGAGUCCUCUCACGACGAUAUCGCCGACGACCUACAGAGCUUGAGCUUCAACUCCACCAACACUAAUCGCAGCACUAGCUCCGGCUCCGAGACUACUCUCACCGCCUCCUCCUCCUCCUUCGUUCAUAUCCCUUCCACUUUCAACAAGCCUCACGCGCCUUCCUCCGACCCUUGCUGGUCAGCUGUUAGCCGGAUCCGAUCCGAAUCGUCUACUCGCCAACUCGCCUUCUCCGACCUUAAGUUCUCGCACCGUCUUGGCUCUGGCGACAUUGGCUCCGUCUACCUCGCUGGACUUAAGUCCGCUGGAGAUGACGGAUGUCUCUUCGCGGCGAAGGUGAUGGAUAAGAAGGAAUUGGCGAGUCGAAGUAAAGAAGGCAGAGCGAGGACUGAGAGGGAGAUUUUGGAGUGUUUGGACCAUCCGUUUCUUCCAAAGCUCUAUGCUAGUAUCGACUCGCCGAAAUGGCUCUGUCUCUUGACUGAGUUCUGCCACGGCGGCGACCUCCAUGUUCUCCGGCAACGGCAGCCAAACAAACGCUUCGGUGAACUCGCCGUGAGAUUCUAUGCAUCAGAGAUAGUAGUUGCUAUUGAGUACCUUCACAUGAUGGGGAUUGUUUACCGUGAUUUGAAGCCGGAAAAUGUGCUGGUACGAUCGGACGGCCAUAUCAUGCUCACUGAUUUUGAUCUCUCCUUGAAGUGUGAGGAUUCAACAGCGACCCCACAGGUUAUCACUGCCAAAAAUGCAACAAAUGGCACUGCCCGGCCAAAGAACUGCCAAAUUGAGGCCCCUCCUUUCACAUCCUCCUCCUGCAUACUUCCAAACUGCAUAGUCCCGGCAAUGUCGUGUUUCAACCCGAAACGCAAGCGCAAGAAGAAGUCUAGCCACAGCAAUGGACCUGAGUUUGUUGCUGAGCCGGUCGACGUCCGGUCCAUGUCGUUUGUUGGCACCCACGAGUAUUUGGCGCCAGAGAUUGUCUCUGGUGAGGGCCAUGGAAGUGCAGUGGAUUGGUGGACUUUAGGGGUGUUUGUGUUUGAGUUGUUUUAUGGAGUGACACCCUUUAGAGGCAUGGACAAUGAGCUCACCUUGGCCAACAUAGUGGCCAGAGCCCUUGAGUUUCCUAAAGAACCAGUGGUGCCGACGGCGGCGAAGGACCUCAUAUCGCAAUUACUGGUCAAAGAUCCGGCAAGGCGGCUGGGGUCAACAACAGGGUCGUCGGCGAUCAAGCACCACUCAUUUUUCCAAGGGGUAAAUUGGGCAUUACUGAGAUGUACGUCGCCACCAUUCAUUCCUCCACCAUUUAGUAGAGAAACUGCAACGGAUGAAAGCUGCCCAGAGGCCCCAGUGGACUAUUAUUAGUGGCUAAAUUGAGCAAGAUUGGUAUUAUUUUUGGACUGGUUAUUAUCAGCCAGCGACAGUCGCCCAACCUUCCACGGCUUGAGCACAUGGGGCCUUUGUAAAUCUUACAAUGUGCAUAUAUUAAUAAAGCAUCCUUAAUUGAAAUAUAGUUCUAAGCCAUGACUCAGAGAGAGAACCUCAGCCACAUAGCUAGCUGGUUGAGAUUUUAGCUGUUAUUAUAGUUGUACUAGAUCUUGCAAUGUCUUCUUUAGUUUCACCUACAAAAGUUAUAGCUCAACUGAGCAAAAUAAUAGCAUUUAUCAUGCAAUUAUGAGAAACGUGAUAUAGCUUUGAUCUUGAUGCAUCUACUCCGACAAAGUGUGUUUGAUAGUUGGUGCUGAGACACUUAAAAUCUUUAUCUUUGUUAUACUAUUUCGUAAUGUCAUUCAUUCUGAACCACACUGAUUCAUCACAUCUGUUUUUGCCUUGCAGAAGCCGCCUGUGGUGUAGUGGCGUCUACUCCCUGUCUUGGUAUCGUCAAAGAGGUAUGGCUGAUGGAUAUCAAAGUAGCUGGCGAUGGCUGAUGGAUCAUGAUUAUGAAUGAAAUAGCCUACUUUAAACAAACGGCAGAAGUAUCAAAUUGAAAGGAAGGCAAAAAAGGUAGAAACUUGUGAACAGACUAUCUCUUUAGCUUUCUCUCUCUUCAAGUGUUGGAAAACGACAUGGAGACAUGCGGACAAGCCUUGCAGACCCAAACGGAGAAUCAAACACCCCAGACCUAUAGAAUUUUUUUGUCUCAAUAAUUGGAAGUGUUGUUCAAAUUAGGCGACAUUUGGCAUCAUGUGUUUGGCUUGUGGGUCUCGAUGGGAUGGACAGGACAGUUGCCGGUAAGUGAUAAGAAGUGAUUGAAGUAUCUAAGAAAUUAUCUUAUGAUCUGCUUUAAGUCUUUUUCCGGCAGAGCCUAUGGUCCCAUUUUCAUUGAUUCGAUGCUCCUAUAGGCUUUUUCUUUGCAUGGUCAAGUACAUAGAAUAGGCAAAUAUUUAUUGGAAAAAUUUAUGUAUCACCAUUCUUAUCCAGCUUCUUCUCCA